AUGGUCACGGCCCCGUUUGCCGAGGCAGAUGUCCGGCUGCUACUCCUGCUGGCGAAUUAUGUCUUCCCCGGCAAUGCCCAAGAGUGGGCCCUCGUCAGUGACAUGUUCAAUGCGGCCAUACGCGGGGACCUGGCGCAGCUCCGAACUCUGACCGACAUCCACCGGCCGCCUGCUGACGCGGAAGUGGCCACGGCCAGCCGCGGCUGCCCGCCCCCCUCGGUGGACCAGCUGGAGGAACAGGCCCGCAUCGCGGCCGGCGGAUGCAUCCGCAGUGGUGUGGCCCUCCGGCGGAAGUUCUUCCGCUCGGUAACCGAAUCGGAGCGCCAAAUCCAACGCGGUGCUACUCCUCCGCCGGACGGGGCAUUGCUCGUCCGCAUCAGCCAAGUGUGCGAUCUGCGCGAGGCCCAGCUGGCCGGCAGCCAGUCCGCCCCCCGAGAAGAGCACCAUCAGGCACCUGCGACCAAGCGUGCCAGGCGUGACGCCGCCUCAACUCCGGGGCCCGAGUCCGGGCCGGCCGAUCCCUCGCCCCCACCCCCUCUGGUGCCAAUGUCUGAGGUCGCCUCCGGGCAGAUCCCCUCGUCGAGCAUCCCGGAGGGCGUGCAAGAUCUAUUGAACCAUCUUUCCUCCUGCGCCCAGUGCAUGAAUUCCCGGCCGGGAGGUGGGCAGCCCUGCUCGGCGAUCAGACUCCUGCUGAGCUCCAACUUCCUGACCUCCGUGCACGGGGGGGGCGCCCUCUCAGCAUCCGCACCUCCAAGGGAUUCUCCCCCGGUGGCGGGCUCCCUCGACUCGACGGUCUACAUGCUGUCGGGUGUAGCCGAGGCCAAGCCGGUCACCAGCUCCCACGGGGCAGCCGGAUGCCCGGGUGACCUUGUCGCGGCCGGCGCCGAGGCCGGCCUCCACCCCUUUGCUCCGGGCCCCGUCCAAGCACCCACGGCCAGCCCACUAGGCCAGGCAAUCAUGGAGAUGGCUCAACAGGUGGCCUCCCUGGCGCGCGAGAUGCGUGAGCUUCGUCAAGAGAUGGCAGCCCUGCGGAUGGCCUACCGGGCCCACAUGUCCAAAAUGGCGGCUCUCCUCCAGAAGCACCGGCAUGCGAAUGCCACCGCCCCGGCGGCACCCGUCGCCCCGGGCUACCAAGGGGGCUGAAGGCAUCUCGCUCGAAUGUGGCUCCCCCUCCCGAUUCCUUCCCGCGCUCCCAGAGGCAGGCUCCAUUCCAGCGGGCCUCCAUGCUCCACGUGUGGCUCGGUCCCUCUCGUGCCAGGGGCCUCUCCUCACAAUGCGGACACUGCCCAUGCCUUCGACCCUUCUCCAUCCCCCCUUCUCGCUCUCGCUCUCUCUCUCUC